AUGUUUUUCCUCAAAGAAGAGACGAAGGUCGUCUCCCUUCAUCCGUCCUAUUUCGGUCCCAACGUCAAGGAGUACCUCAUCAACCGGUUGAACGAAGAGGAGGAGGGGCGAUGUACAGGCGACCAUUUCGUGAUCUGUGUUAUGGAUAUGGUUGAAAUUGGGGAAGGGCGGGUGAUUCCAGGCAGUGGACAUGCAGAAUAUACGAUCCAGUAUCGAGCAAUUAUAUGGAAGCCCUUCCGAGGAGAGACGGUGGAUGCUAUUGUGACAUCCGUCAAACCUACUGGCAUCUUUACUCUGGCUGGCCCGUUGUCUGUCUUCAUUGCGCGGAAGAACAUCCCCUCGGACAUCAAAUGGGAGCCGAACACGGUCCCUCCGCAAUAUACAGAUCACGGCGAUCAAGUCAUCGAGAAGGGCACUAGUCUGCGUCUGAAGAUUCUUGGUGUAAAGCCUGAUGUGGCUGCUAUCAAUGCGAUCGGGACAAUCAAAGAAGAUUACUUAGGGUGA